AUGGCGAUGAACAGGAUGAAAAGUGCAUUUGCACCGCCCAAGAAGGGCGAAACUUUCGAGUUGCGAGCGGGUCUCGUGUCGCAGUAUGCCUACGAACGAAAGGAGUCCAUCCAGAAGACCAUCAUGGCCAUGACACUCGGCAAGGAUGUCUCAGCGCUCUUUCCAGACGUCUUGAAGAAUAUCGCCACUGGCGAUCUUGAUCAAAAGAAACUGGUGUACCUCUACUUAAUGAAUUAUGCCAAAUCACACCCUGACCUCUGUAUCUUAGCCGUCAACACAUUUGUACAGGAUUCCGAGGACCCCAAUCCUCUCAUUCGAGCGCUCGCAAUACGUACGAUGGGCUGCAUCCGCGUGGACAAGAUGAUCGAUUAUAUGGAAGAGCCCCUCCGGAAGACGUUACGAGAUGAAUCACCUUAUGUGCGCAAGACCGCUGCCAUCGGCGUGGCAAAGUUGUUCGACCUAGCUCCAGCAACAUGUCUAGAAAAUGGCUUCCUGGAAAUCUUACAAGAGCUACUAGGCGAUUCCAAUCCUAUGGUGGUCGCAAAUGCGGUGACGGCCCUCGCGGAAAUUAUGGAGACUGCUCCCGACACUCACGCCCUCAAAAUCACGCCGAACACACUCAAGAAGCUGCUUAUGGCUCUAAACGAAUGCACCGAAUGGGGUCGAGUUUCGAUCCUGAGCACGCUAGCCCACUACAAAGCACAGGAUGUCAAGGAAUCGGAACAUAUCUGCGAAAGGGUUGCUCCACAAUUCCAGCAUGUCAACUCCAGUGUUGUUCUAGCCGCAGUCAAGGCGGUGCUCCUACAUAUGAAAUAUGUCAGCCCCGAGCAGGCUAAGACAUACCUCAAGAAAAUGGGACCUCCUCUUGUCACACUCAUUUCAUCCGCCCCUGAAGUUCAAUACGUGGCACUACGGAACAUCGAUCUCAUCCUCCAGAAACAGCCUGACAUCCUCAGCAAAGAGUUGAGGGUGUUCUUCUGCAAAUACAACGACCCACCAUAUCUGAAAUUCUCGAAACUCGAAAUUAUGGUCCGAAUAGCAAAUGAGAGCAACGUCGACCAACUCCUGAUGGAACUGAAAGAAUAUGCCCUUGAAGUCGAUAUGGACUUCGUUCGUCGGGCCGUCAAAGCCAUUGGACAAGUCGCGAUAAAGAUUGAAGCUGCUUCAGAACGAUGCGUCAACGCCCUACUCGAUCUCAUCAACACUAAGGUCAACUAUGUUGUGCAAGAAGUCAUUGUGGUCAUAAAAGACAUCUUCCGCAAAUAUCCCGGCUACGAAGGUAUCAUCCCCAAGUUAUGUAAAUGCAUCGACGAACUUGACGAACCCAACGCGCGCGCCUCUCUGAUAUGGAUCGUUGGCGAAUAUGCCGAAAAGAUUUCUAAUGCUGGUGACAUCCUUGGAGGCUUCGUGGAUGGUUUUGGCGAGGAGUUCUCUCAAACGCAACUCCAGAUUUUGACGGCCGUGGUCAAACUAUUCCUGAAGCGACCACAAGCUGCACAAGGACUUGUACAGAAAGUGCUCCAGGCUGCCACCGCCGAGUGCGACAAUCCAGACAUCCGCGACCGUGCUUUCGUCUACUGGCGCCUUCUCUCCAAUACCACAGAUCAGAAUGCUCCUAAGAAUAUCAUUCUCUCCGAGAAGCCCGCCAUCACCACCACGAUCCAGUCUUUGCCGCCCUCACUACUCGAGAAACUGCUUACGGAGCUCUCCACCCUUGCAUCGGUCUACCACAAACCUCCCGAGCAGUUCAUUGGCCAAGGUCGCUUCGGCGCCGACGCGGUCCAACAGGCUGCCAUUGAGGAACAGAUGCAAAAUGCACGUGAGAACCCACUCGCGGCUGCCGCUGCCGCAGCUGCAGUCCAAGGCAAAGCUCCUCCACAAUCACAGCAGAACAAUGCCGAGAAUUUAUUGGAUAUCGAUUUCGAUGGCGCGGCGCCUGCGUCAGCGCAGAAAGAGCCAAGUAAUGGCCUCACCGGCUUGGAGGGCUUAAGUGGCACGCCUGUGGGCGGCACGCCGGCGCGAGUUAUGAGUCCGGUGAGCGGCGGUGCCAGUGGAAUGGACGAUCUGAUGGGUGUGUUUGGCAAUGGAGGUGGAGACAGCAGUGCAGCUGCACCUUCCUCGGCCGGCGGAUUUGGAGGUAUGAGCGAUUCAGACAUCAUGAAUGGCUUUGCGGGCAUGGACCUGAGUGGGCAGUCUGGCCAAGGGCAGGCUCAGCAACAACCAGGUGGGAAGAAGACGAAUGAGGACUUGUUGAGCUUGUUUUAA